AUGGCCGACUCGCUAUACGAGCUGCUGCUCCCGUCCCUUGACCGCCGCCCGCCGCCGCCGCCCGCCCGCGAUGCCACCACCGCCCGCUACCUGGCCCGCCUGCCGACGCUCUCGCUCGCCGCGCUGGCCGACUCCGAGCCACAGUCGCUCGCGCAGUCGACGCACUCCAACCUCGUCUCGCUCCAGGCCCUCGCCAAUCGCUCGCACAAGGCCUUCAUCUCCUCCGCCGACCACCUGUCGUCCCUGCGCUCCUCCCUCCCGCGCCUGGCCGCCGAGACGGCGACGCUGCGCGAUGCCAUCCCCGUGCUCGACGAAGAGGCUGUGUGCUUCUCGUCGAGGUACAGCCGGGCCGGCGAGAACCCGAUUCUGGACCGCAGGAAGAAGGCCAUGCAGCUGGCUCGCAAUGCGGACCGCCUGUCGGACAUCUUAGAGCUCCCGGCUCUGCUGUCGACGGCCGUCUCGUCCUCCUCGAUCAAUGCUACUGCUGCAGGCAAUGCUGCGGCUAGUACGAAUUACUCGUCGGCCCUCGAUUUGUUCGCCCAUAUCAAGCGACUACAAGCGCUCUAUCCCGACUCGCCAUUGAUGCGGGACGUAUCUCGUCAGGCUGAAGAUGCGAUGAGAGACAUGACCAGCAGCCUAAUCGCCAGCCUCAAGGUACAGAAUAUAAGACUGGCCGCGGCCAUGAGGACGGUGGGCUGGCUUCGCCGCGUGGCGCCAGAGCUAGAGCGCCCCGCAAGCAACGAAGGGACCUUUGGGGCCCUGUUCCUGGUCUGUCGAUUGGCGAAUUUGCUCAAGAUGCUGGGCGCCUUGGAGCCCUUACGCGAGCUUGCUGACUUGGAGACAGAGAAACGGCUACAAGCGGGUGGAAAUCAGAGCGACGCCAAAAAUGGAGCUAAAAAUCUAUGGGCGAGCGGGCAGCAGACAGAGCGGUUUCUCAAGAGAUACAUUGAGAUUUUUAGAGAACAGAGCUUUGCUAUUGUGUCCUUAUACAAGAACAUUUUUGCACCCGCACCAUUGGAAUCUGGAACUAUACCAGACGGGGGAAGCCCCGAAGGAGACAAGUCAGCCAAAGAGGAACCUAGCAAAAGGGACGACACGCUAUCUCAGCUGCCUUCCGCGCUAGCUACAUUCCCCAUGCACCUGUCACAGCUUCUUCUGGAUACUCUUUCGACAUACCUCCCCAAUGUCCAAGACAAAGGGUCACGCGAGAGCCUGCUCACGCAGGUCCUUUACUGCGCUGCCAGCUUAGGUCGACUUGGCGGAGACUUCAGCAUGAUUUUGUCAUUCCUCAGUGGAGAUGAUGGCGAUUCUGACGGCGACGGCGACGACGACGACGACGAAGAGCCCGUCGACGCGGAUGUAGUGCCUGAAUGGGAGAAAGCGAUGAAGCAGCACCGUAUGCUGGCAGAACGCCUGGAUUCGCUCACGUCCAAGGCGGUGAGCUAG